GGAAAUUUGAAGUCAACUUUCAUGAUCUGCUUUGACAGAUAUAAAAAGAGGAAGAAAGAAAGUCCAGAAAAAACAUGAAGUUAUAGUAGUGGAGAAAUUUUACUAUGCGUAUGUCAUUUUUUAGUAACGAAUUCCGCUCCACAUAUAUAUAUAUUUGAAAAUUAUACAUUAAUUAAACUGUUACUAUUACCAUUACUAUUGACUAUUGUAAAAAAAAUAAUUAAAAAAAGCUGUUAUCGACUAUCUAUUGGGACCCUGGUCCCUUUAAGACUAGGGUGACCAAACAUUCCAUAAAAAACGUGAUUGUCCCUUUUUUUCCACAAUCCUACAAGGUGUAUAGGGAUGCCUAAAUGUCCUGUUUCUAAACACAUCUUCACAUAUUAGAUAAGAAUGAGGUUUUAACAAUGGCUGGGACAACAACCAAAUAUCCUCAAUUUAAAUCCUAGACUAGAGAAAUUUAAUUUAUUGUGUUAAAUUAUGUUGUAGAAUAUGUAGAUACAAAUAAAUAAGUAUUCACUGCAAAAUUAUUGUUUUUGUUUAUGAUAUGCCUCAGAGAUUAAAUUAAAUUACAAAAGUGAAGGUAAAUUUAAAAAGAUGUCUAAUUCUAGGUCUCAAAAUAGUUAAAAUGAGCAUAUUUCAGUCAACAGUUUCUGGCAAAGGCCCCCAUAUCCCUCUUUAGCUGGCGGGUAUCCCCCCCCCCCAACCCUCCUUGAGUUUGUCCAAUUUUUUCCUGUUCAUGAUUUGGUCACCCUACUCUAGAAUAAAUGGAUAUUUGGAUGUCAUCUGUGGUAGUUUAUUUAAGUUAAACUGAAAAAGGAAGUUUACAUACAUUUAGUCCCUUUAAUUAUCUUUCGUUUGAUACCUAAUUUUGUCUUAUAAAUGCAACAAUAAUAUUUUAAAAAUAUUUUUUGAAACCCAUAAUAAGUAGGCUAUGAGUAAGCUAAAAUUAAAAGUACUAAAAUUUAAAAUAAUAUAGCUUAUACAUUAUAUUAUAUUUAAUUAAAAUAUCAAAAUUUCUUGUUAACUACUAAUGCUACUAGGCCAGGGGUUCUUAACUUUUUUUAGUUCACUGAACUUUUUGCCCAGACCCAGUGCCUUCCAAAAAUUUCAUGUCGGUGACUCUGGUGACACUUGGUAGACAUUUUCAAUUCAUAAUUUAAAUAAGCCUAGGCCUAUUUACUAUAGUAUAUGGCAAACAUUUCAGGAUGCGUUUCAGUUGAGCACGUUAGUUAGCCAAUUUUACCAGUGUCGUCUACACCGUAGACUAAACUAACCCAUUUAAAAACAUAUGGUCAUAAAAGUAAAUAAAGCUUAAAAACGUAAUUGUAUUGUAAGGUGGAAAAAAAUUAUCUCAUGAAAAUCUUAAAAUUUUUCCUUUAUUUAAAAAAAAAUUAUAUUAAUUUUUUAAAUAAUAAUAUAAAAACGAUAUAUAAAAUUCAUGUGAUUAUUUAUGACCACAUGUACUAAUAAGAAAAUAUGUGCAAGAGUUAAAAUCUGAUUUGAUCCUUAUGAAUACAUGUAUACAAACCACUUUGAUCGGCUUCUUUGAUGUCCUAAAAAUGUAUAAAUGUUGGUUUGGUAUGGCUUAUUUUGGGAGACAAAGACCCACCCAUAGUUGCAACAAUAAAAAAGCCAGAAUGCACUGAACAGGACGUAUUGAAAGGAUGCCGGAUUAUAGAGCAGCAAAAGUGAUAUACAAGGAGAAACCUAGAGGCAGACGGCUGACUGGUUGAUAACACUGAGAUGGAUCGACAAUGUAGAGAAGGACUUGCACCAGUUCGGGGUUUGCGCAUGGAGGCAGAAAGCCAUGGAUCAAUCCAAAUGGAAUGAUGUGAUGGAGCCAGGGCCAUACAUGGGCUGCAGCGCCACUGAUGAUGAUAUUAUUGGGUGACAACCCUACAGCUUGAAGGUAACUUACUAUUGUGUCGAGACAUACAGUUUGGAAAGCAAUGCCUUAGACAGUUUCAUGAGAUGAAGUUCAGAAGGGCGUGUGGCUUGCCAGGCCUAUUUGUGUCUGCAUAUGGGAGACACAUGUUUUGGGAUCUUUGUGGGAUUUGAGACAAUUCUGAAAAUUUUCAACCCACUGGAACAUGUAAGGAUCUCUUCUAUUUGGUCCACCAGGCCCAGUCUUCACAUAUUUCUUAGACUCAUCUUCAUGUUGUACACCUGUCUUGUGAUAUGAUCACAAGACCUUUUUUUUUUGAAGGGGGGGGGGGGGCAAUGGUUGCAUUGAAUUAUACAAUUUUUGGAGGGGGGGGUAUAAGGGUUUAUACUUUUUGAAAAAAAAAAUCUUGUCUUCACAUAUUUCUUAGACUCAUCUUCAUGUUGUACACCUGUCUUGUGAUAUGAUCACAAGACCUUUUUUUUUUGAAGGGGGGGGGGGGGCAAUAGUUGCAUUGAAUUAUACAAUUAUUGGAUCGGGUGGUAUAAGGAUUUAUACUUUUUGAAGAAAAAAAUCUUGUAAGUUUGGCUAUAUUUUAGUGUAUGUGUAAAAAAGUUUCCACUGCCAGCUUGCUUAGCCUAUAACAGCAGUGGUUUGCAAUUGGACUUUUCUUUCUCCUAGAUGAGUCAUCAUGUCAUUAUCCAAGGAUGACCUGUCACAUCUAGUUGCUGUCUGAAAUUUCCAAUUUUCUUCCUUUUUUGGGGCUUCUGUCAUAUUGGGUCACUGCCAUCUGUUGCUAAUUGAAACUUUUAAAACUAGGGCUUAAGCAUUAAUAAUUUUUAGGGCACAAUACCAUAGGAUUAGCACAAUUUCUCUACCCUUCAAAUUAAUAAUUGGAAUUAUUUAAAAGUUUACUGUAUGCUUACUGACUGUUUAUUAAAAUUAAUUUUUAAAACUAUGCAAAUUGCAGCUAAGUGAAAAUGAGCCAUGUAUAUAGUGGUCAUUCGCCUGACACCAAUAAUUAUAUUUCUAAAAAAGUUAUAAUGCACAAAUUCAUUAAUGUGAUAUGUAAAUGUGAAAAAUAAACAUAAUGACACCAUGAACCUUAAUAAUGAGUAGCACUAUGUUGUCAUAAACCAUUUAGCUCUAAAAGUUGAGUGUUUUGUAGAUGUUCAGUUUUGUUACACUGCAGUACACAACAUGGACUGUAACAUUGAAAGCUUUUAUCAAGCAUUAAUUCUGCGACUGCCAUUUAUCACUUGCGUCAAAAAACAAUGAAUAAAUUGAUACAAUUGUCAACCAUGUUUUUCCCAUUCAAAAUAUUAGAAGCAUAAAGGAAGUACAUAACUAGCCAAGUUUUUGUUAUAUUUUAGCCCUUUAUGUGUGUUGGUUUUUAUGAAGGAAGCUGGACACAUAUGUUUGUAAAAUUAUUCAAACUAAACCCCUCUAUAGGGCUUUAACAAAAUAAUUAAAGUUGAUAGUAGCACAUCGAAGCUUUUAUAUCUACAAUUUAAAAAAAAAUUAAUUAAAGAGAAUUUUUAAACUACUCCAAUCCAUUUUAAAGAUAUUUCAAUCUGGACAUAAUUGAAAUAAAUUUCUUUAACAAAAUAAACGUGGUAUUUAAAUCGCUCUGGGUCUAUACAGUGACCUGUUUCAUGCAUAAUCCUACAAAAAAAUAUAAUGUUACCACAGUACUUUCUGUUUAAUCCUCAUGAACAAUUUGAUAGUUGAAAGAUGCACACUUUAAAGAAAAGUAACAUGGAGUUGUGGUGUUCUUGUAAGAUUGUGUUUUGUUGUUUAACUAUGCCAGAUAAGUGACAAGGUCUAAUCACAAUGUAGAUAUUAAAGGACCUUCCUUAUUUCUAUUAUUUAUGUUUCCUUAAAUUAUUUUGAGGUUACCCAGUAUAAAUCAAAUCCAUUUACAACUGAAAUUCUUAUUUUUUUCCAUACCCUACAUAAUAAUAAAAUAAAAAAUAAAAUGAAAAAAUUGCAACAUUGCUGCAACAUGCUUGUGCACACUGAUAAUUGCUAAAAUAUGUAGCCUUCAAAUCAGUGGUUCUCAACCUUCCUAAUGCCACAACCGUUAAAUACAGUUCCUCAUGUUGUAGUGACCCCCAAAGAUAAAAUUGUUUUUUUGCUUUUUCAUAAAUAUGUGUUUUCCGAAUGGUUUUAGGCAACCCCUGUGUAAGGGUCGGUUGAUCCCCAAAGGGGUCAUGAUCGACAGGUUGAGAAGCGUUGUUGCAAAUCAAAGCUACCCAUACAAAUUACAACUACCAAUAACAGUGGUAUUAUAGCUUAUGUAGGGCCCUGGCCUGCUCCACUACAUCAGUGGCACUACAGGCCAUAUGGGGCCUUUUCUGCCCCAUCACAUGAGUGGCACUACAUUCCAUGCUCCAUCAUAUCAGUGGUGCUACAGCCCAUGUAGGGUCCUGGCCUGCCCCACCGCAUUAGUUGCAUCUCAUCUCAUAUAGGGCCCUCGGCUGCCCCACCACAUAAGUGGCACCUCAGCCCAUGUAGGGCCCUGGCCUGCCCCACCACAUAAGUAGCACCUCAGCCCAUGUAGGGCCCUGGGCCUGCCCCACCACAUAAGUGGCACCUCAGCCCUUAUAGGGCCCUGGCCUGCUCUACCACAUAAGUGGCAUCUCAUCCCAUGUAGGGCCCUGGCCUGCUCUACCACAUAAAUGGCACCUCAGCCCAUAUAGGGCCCUAGCCUACCUCACCACAUAAGUGGCAUCUCAUCCCAUGUGGGGCCCUGGCCUGCUCUACCACAUAAAUGGCACCUCAGCCCAUAUAGGGCCCUAGCCUACCUCACCACAUAAGUGGCAUCUCAUCCCAUGUAGGGCCCUGGCCUGCUCUACCACAUAAAUGGCACCUCAGCCCAUGUAGGGCCCUAGCCUACCUCACCACAUAAGUGGCAUCUCAUCCCAUGUAGGGCCCUGGCGUGCUCUACCACAUAAAUGGCACCUCAGCCCAUAUAGGGCCCUAGCCUACCUCACCACAUAAGUGGCACCUCAGCUCAUGUAGGGCCCUGGCCUACUCCACCACUUGAGUGGCACUAGCGUUCAUGUAGGGCCCUGGCCUGCCCCACCACAUAAGUAGCACCUCAGCCCAUAUAGGGCCCUGGCCUGCCCCACCACAGAAGUAGCACCUCAGCCCAUGUAGGGCCCUGGCCUGCCCCACCACAUAAGUGGCACCUCAGCCCAUGUAGGGCCCUAACCUGCCCCACCACAUAAGUGGCACCUCAGCCCAUGUAGGGCCCUGGCCUACUCCACCACUUGAGUGGCACUAGCGUUCAUGUAGGGCCCUGGCCUGCCCCACCACAUAAGUAGCACCUCAGCCCAUGUAGGGCCCUGGCCUGCCCCACCACAUAAGUAGCACCUCAGCCCAUGUAGGUCCCUGGCCUGCCCCACCACAUCCCUCCAUUUUGAUUGAUCUAAGACUUUCCGCCUCCAUGGUCUGGAAACUUCCAGUUAACAAUAAUUUAUAUCCUCAUCGCACUUACAGUAAAAAACAACAAAAAUUUCUAUCAUCAUUUUUCAUCAUGUGAAUAAAAUGUUAUAAGGUGACGAUAAACUCAACAACUUGGUCAAGAUGGUUGAAAUUUUUCCUUGGUUAAUUUAAAUACUGGAAUCUUUAUUACUACAGCUUGCAUAAUUAACCAAAGAUUUAAGUCCAAUGACAUCUAAAUUGCUAUCAAAUUCGUCUCAGGCCCUUUAACAACAAAACUUCUAUUGACCAGGGAAAAAACUUAAAAUUUUACUAAAAUGUUUCUUAAUACAAGCUAUUUUCAUUUAAAAGAUGAGAUCAAGCCAUUUUUGAAUGAUGUAUGCAUGCUAAAAUUUGCACACUGGUGAAGGGGAGACUAUUCAUUUUUUAUUCAAGCAUUGUUAAAAUAAUUAAAAAGUCAUAAAUUGUACUUUUUUUUAGACUUUUCAUUUUUUUCUGUACAAUUUUUUAACGCUGUUGUACAUUUUUUUUGGACCUUUUGUACAUUACUUUUUUAACCCGCACACUGGCAUGUAUGCUCUUCUAUCACUUGUGUUUAAAAAUCUGUUUCUAUGUUCAGAAGAUAAGAUUAAGUUAAGGUAAACCGUUUCUUGAAAAUAAACAUGAUUCAAUAAUUUUAAAUGUCUGCUCAUAACAAAUAUGCAAAGAAGGUUAAAUUGAAUGAGUGAUACAUUCUGUGGGCAGAGACAUUGAAUUUCCUGCUAGUGACGCUGGUUGCAAUCUUAUUAAAUGUAGCAUAGAAUAAAUACACAUUUUCUAUUAUUUACCAUUAUAUUAUUUUUUCUUAUGUAAAGCACUAUAGGAAUUAAUUAGACAGCUUUCGUGCCAUGAAAUCCUGUUCUGGGAACCAAAGCAUUGGCGACACAAACAUGACACUGACCCCUAAAGCCUGCUCUUUCUUGUCUUGAGAAGCAGCACUCAAACCCAGCACUGACAGCUUUCAGCUAUAGAUUAACUCAUGUUGGAGAUCUUUGACUUGUUCAAAGGUAAAACUUAAUCAGUUGUGGUAAACUUGUUUGUAAACUACUUAAUCAUUUGUGGUUAACUUGUACGUAAACUACUUAAUCAGCUGUGGUAAACUUGUAUGUAAACUACCGAAUGGUGCAUAUGUGACACCAGACAGUCCAAAAUGUUUGCACAUCCCUGUAAAGACAAGAGCAUUAACUGUGAUAACUUGUUGUUACCAUCCUUUGAUGUGGCUUGUUCAUCUUUUCAUUACUAUCAAAAGUACCAACAAACUAUUGUUUGGGCAUGCUUCAAUGAUAAUUAUCAUCUAUCUCUCUGUCUCUAAAGAAGCUUAUCAGGAAGAGAUAUCGGUAUUUGUGAUCAUGACAUCACACUUCAUUAUUUCACUGUCAAUAUCAAAAUAUGAUUACACAUGUGUCGUUUUACUUUCCUGCAAAAGGCAUAGAAUCAAACAAGACGAUCGUGUGUAUUGGACUGUAAGAUAGUGUCUUCUCAAUUUUAUUUGUCUGCAUUUACAGCCUUGGCUCUGGUGUUUUGUAUAACAUUUUCAUGGAUAUCAUAAUGAUUCACAUUGUUUCCAUUUCUAUUGUUCUUGAAGACUCCGAAAAUUCUCCUGUCCCCACACUUCAUCAAUGACUCUUUAAAAAAAAGGGUAUGAGAUAUAUAAUAAAUUUAAUAUAAAGGUUUAAAAUGUUCUGAAGAUCACUGUUUGGGUAUCACUAGAUUAAAUUUUUUUUUAAAGAUUUCAUAGAUGUACAAACUACCAAGAGGGUAGCUUGAAGAAUAUGGUCAUUUAUGCAAAGAUAAUCCGGUCAGCUUAAAGUUAAAGGGGGGAUACAACUUUAUUAUCGCUACUUAUCUUUUGAAGGGCUUGUUCUUUUAAACUCCUAUCCAAAAUGUCAUUUGAUCAGGUCAGAGUUCAUGCUGUCACCUGGUGUGUGAUGCAUUCUUUAAUCACUUGAGAUAAAGAUAUCUUUCAAUGCACAGUUGCAUUAUUCUUGUUUGAUAUUUCUGAAUGGUGAAGCGAGUGAGCUCUUGCAUAAGCUUCUGCUCCUAUUCAUUUCUUCCAUGGAGGACUAACUAAGGUUGCCGUCACUUGCUCCACUCGUGACAUUUUAUUUAUCAAACUAAUCAUUUAAAUUCAUUUCAGUACCGGUAUAUAUAAGCUGAAAUUACUAUAACAUGUUUUUUCAAAACUUUAAAUGCUAUUAAAUUAAAAGAGAUUUUUGUCACAAUCAGUAACUGAUAACUAGGUAAUAGGCAGUUUGUGUGUCUUUUUUCAAUUUUAAAUGACAUAAUCUAUUCAAUAAGACUUAAAAAUUUUGUACUUAUUGGUUGUGCAAGUGAAUAAGACAAAAAAAAUAAUUCUAUUUGUAUCAAACUUUGUUCCAUUAUUUUAUUUUGCCUUCUCUAUGUACUUGUUGUGACAUAGCUUUGAGGGAUUAACUAUGAAUACCAAUACACUUCAUAUUCGUGACAAUUUCCUUAUGAAUAAUAUUUGCAUGGCAAUCAGUUUCAUGCAUAUAUUCAUCUGAUUUCGCCUUAUGGAAAUUCAAAUGUAGCAAAGACCAAGAAUCAGCCUUAUAAACAGAAGUUAUUGUACGGAUGUUUUUCUUCCCUUUCUGAGUCCUUCCUUGAAAAAAGCGUGUAUGCUUAGUUGUGUUUAGUUGUGUUUAACUGUGUUCAAGCUUUAAAUUUUUAGUUUUAGUCUAAGUUCUAAGCAAUUUGAAUAUCUUCACACACAGCCAGAAGGCUUUAUCUGGCUGAUUUUGUUCAUGUGCUUGGCUCAUGAACUAUUAUAAUUAAGCAGUCAGAAAGAGUACUUGACCAAAUUAAAAGAGUUUAUACUUUAUGGAAGCUGUUGGCCCACAAUUCACUUCUAUAAAUUGUGCACUAGUUCAUGGAAUCAGUUGGCCUACAAUUCACUUCUAUAAUGUGUGCACUAGUUCAUGGAAUCAGUUGGCCUACAAUUCACUUCUAUGUGUGCAUUAGUUCAUGGAAUCAGUUGGCCUACAGUUCACUUCUAUAAUGGUUGCACUAGUUCAUGGAAUCAGUUGGCCUACAAUUCACUUCUAUAAUGUGUGCACUAGUUCAUGGAAGCUGUUGGCCCAUAAUUCACUUCUAUAAUGUAUGCACUAGUUCAUGGAAUCAGUUGGCCUACAAUUCAUUUCUAUAAUGUGUGCACUAGUUCAUGGAAUCAGGUGGAUUCACAUCUAUAAUGUGUGCACUAGUUCAUGGAAUCAGUUUGCCUACAAUUCACUUCUAUAAUUGUUGCACUAGUUCAUGGAAUCAGUUGGCCCACAAUGCACUUCUAUAAUGUGUGCACUAGAUCAUUGAAUCAGGUGGCCCACAAUUCACUUCUAUAAUGUGUGCACUAGUUCAUGGAAUCAGUUGGCCCAUAAUUCACUUCUAUAAUGUGUGCACUAGUUUACUUGCCAGUUACAUGCCAAUAAAGGUUUCUCAUUGUGCUCCUCUUGAAUGCUUUUAUUCUGGUUAUGAAACUUACAGCCUGACAAUACAAGAAAUAGUGAUUUCCUCUGGAUGUAGGCAGAGAAUUUAAAAUAGGUAUCUUUAUAUUUCCACUUAUUUGUUUGUUUUUGCAGGGCAUGUUCUCCACACAUAGCUCGGUUACCCAGUUAAAGCCAGAAACAAUUACAAAAUGUUUAAAGGACUCAGAGGAACGCCACUGGUCUGUGGGAGACCUUGCAAACUUAUCAGGUCAAGGAUCACAUGAAGGAAGCGACCAAGACCUUGGCUCAAUGCUACUUGGGUAAAUUCUUUUUUAUACAAAUUGUAUUUGUUGCUAGCUUACUGUGAGAAUUACUUUUUCCCUUAACAGCAUACUAAUCUCGACAGCCAACAGAAAGAUAAUACUAAAUUCUAUUAUAUUUUUCAAUAUGUAUUAAGUGUAGACUCCAUGGAAAAAACUGUGUAAACUCCAUGUUAAAAUACUAGUGUAAGCUCCAUGUUAAAAUACUGAGUGUAAACUCCAUGUUUAAAUACUAAGUGUAAACUCCAUGUAAAAUAUUAGGUGUAAACUCUGUGUUAAAAUACUAAGUUUAAACUCCAUGUUAAAAUAUUUAGUGUAAACGCCAUGUAAAAUACUAAGUGUAAAAUCCAUGUUAAAUACUAAGGGUAAAUUCCAUAAUAAAUACUAAGGGUAAAUUCCAUAUUAAAUUCUUAGGGUAAAUUCCAUAUUAAAUACUAAGGGUAAAUUCCAUAAUAAAUACUAAGGGUAAAUUCCAUUUGAAAUACUAAGAGUAAAUUCCAUAUUAAAUUCUUAGGGUAAAUUCCAUAUUAAAUACUAUGGGUAAAUUCCAUAUUAAAUACUAAGUGUAAAUUCCAUAUUAAUUACUGAGUGUCAAAUUCAUGAAUAAAUUUAAGUGUUAUCUGGCCAUAACAAUAGCAUAUUUUGUUAUAGUUGCUUGAAACAAAUAUUCAAGUACCAACAAACACACACACACACACACCUAUAUCUCAACCUGCAUGUUUUUACUUGGCUGUUUCUGCAUGGCAAGCUGUAACCAACCUGCAUUUUUCUCUUUCAAAAGUCAGAGCACGUGCCUUUCAAAAAUCCAUGGUUAUUUCAGCCAGCUAGAGUAAGUAUCUGCUUUGUUACAUCAUCUUUGUGGACAAUUUUACAUAAGUCAUGCUGAAAGAUCACCUUUAAUCCCUCAGAACUUAUAAUGCUUGUUAAAAAAAGUAAAGUCAUACCAUUAUUUAUUGAACUAUAUUUAGUAAACAUCUCUUCAAUUGUGUGGCUUCUGUUAGAUUUUCUUUUUUUUUUUUGGACACAAAAUAUUCCUCACAAUGAUAGUGGAGCCGUUGUAAAAAAAUAUGUAUUUCUAUUGUCUCUAGGUCUAGAAAAUGCUGUCUUCACCUGGCCUGCCGCAGGAGCACGUUCAACUCUAUGCGGGUGUUACCUACCUCAGUGCCUGCAGAUGAUGGUAAUUGCCUCGUACUUUAGAAUAACUGAAGUAAUCGAACCCAUUUCUUUUAAACAGAUAUCUAUUUUUAGCUUCUCAAAUUACAUUGAUUUCAUCCUUGAAAAGAUUGUCUCUGUCUUUUCUAGGUAGUUCCAAGAACAAGCAGCCUGCUAUUUCUAUAAACAUCCUUGAUAAUAAGGUAAAUUUGAUCUCAUUAAACGUAAGAGCUUGUAGGCUAGACAUGUUCUCUGCUUGUUGAUUGGUUAGAAAUGUUGUCUUCAUGUUGAUUGGUUAGAAAUGUUCUCUGCUUGUUGAUUGGUUAGAAAUGUUUUCUGCUUGUUGACUGGUUAGAAAUUUUCUCUGCUUGUUGAUUGGUUAGAAAUGUUCUCUGCUUGUUGAUUGGUUAGAAAUGUUAUCUGCUUCCAGAUUGGUUAGAAAUGUUCUGUGCUUGUUGAUUGGUUAGAAAUGCUCUCUGCUUGUAGAUUGGUUAGAAAUGUUCUCUGCUUCCAGAUUGGUUAGAAAUGUUCUCUGUUAAAAAAGAUACAAACUCACUCCUUAAAUCAGUUAACCAACUCAUAAAAUGAAACUCAUUUUAAUAAAGACAAUUCUAAUAUAAAAAAAAAGAAACUAAAACAAAAUACAAUGGUUUUUGCCUUUUUGACAUAAUUUGUAGUCAUGUGUUUAGUUCUCGUUUCAUUUAAAUUCUUUUUUAUGAUUUUAUGAAUAGUCUAUAUGGGGGGUGGGGUUACAUUCCCCCUUAGGAUGCGAGAUAUGACAUAAUUUCACCCCCUUUCUUAAUUUGACUAUUCACUGAAAUUAGCAAUUUUAGUAAAGUUUUCAAUGUCCUUUAUUUCAGUCUUUGAGAACCUUCAAACAUGCUUAUCUGUGUGCUGUGUAUCCUGUGCUAGCAGCACCAGACCCGCCCACCACCCCCUCCCCUGAAAUGCUAGAUUCUCUCAGGUUCAUUGCUUCUGAAACUUUCCGAGGGAGCAUUUCUAGAAAUUUCCCAGAAAGCAUCCCGCCGUCGCGAUCAAGGUCCCGCUCUGUUACUCCUUACUCCCUCCACGACAGCGGAGUUGAAGAGGCUGAUGAAACUGGCUUUAUACCGAUGGAGUCCAUUUGUGAACAGCUGCAGCGCGCGUUUGGGCUCAGCAAGGCCGUAUUCAGACAGUACGAAGCCCUCUUGGUCAAAGCUUAUGCCAAGAAAUCUUCACAGAUGGUACGUCUUAGUUUUACUCAUUUGCAGAAGGUAUGUCUCAAUUUUACCUGUUAGCAUAGGGUAUAUCUCAAUUUUACCUGUUAGCAUAGGGUAUGUCUCAGUUUUACCUGUUAGCAUAGGGUAUGUCUCAGUUUUACCUACAGGUACCGAAGUUUACAACCUGAACUUUACAACCUGACAUGUAUUAGAUUUUAGUGUUGGAUAGUUCAUUCAUGUGUUGCUUGGCACAAGUGCACAUUGCAAUUAAAGAGAGUGCUACAGACACAUUCUGGCUUCCUUGAAAGCAACAACAUUCCUGGAAUUACUUUUGCUUUUUCUUUUUGUAUUGAUUUUGUGCAUUUUUAAAAAAUAUUUUAUUUUGGAGGAACUUUGAAAAAUUUUUAGAAUGCAAUUUUUGGUAUGACUUGUGAAUAAUAGACACUGAUCUGAAUGGCCCAAGCCCCUUUAUCCCACCCUUUCCCCACCCUUUCCCCACCCUUUUUGUGUCGUCCCUUUUUCCCACCUAAUUUUUUUUUCUCUCCAAAAUUAUUAUUCAAACAUAUUGUAAGAGAAGUAAUUGCUCUGCUCCUAUCACCAGACCGUUGAGACACAGAUGGUCCAUUUAAAAACGUUAAGAAUAAAAUUAUUACACAAUCUAAUCCAAGACAUGAACGAGUUACCGACUGUAACAAGAAUAGAUUACAUAAUACGGUUCUGAUAUUGAAAAUGUUGGUAAGAUGUGAUUGAGAUAAAGUUUUUGAGAUAAAGAGCCCUUUAAACAACUAUCAACUUGUGUAAUGUGUUCCAUGAUUGUCCAGUGCCUGUGGCCUGGGUCAGUUGUCAAUGGUCCUCAUACAUUUCUAUGUAUUCCACAAUGUUGUUAUAAGUACCCGCACAACCACAUGCCAUAUUGGUUUUCUAAAUUUGUGUUGCUUCAACUCCAUCAAGUGAUGACAUUGGACAGAGGUUGUUUGCUACUGCUGUUAAAAGACAGAAAAAUGUUUGACCCCAUCUGUAACUUUUACCACAUUGUUAGCAUUGUUCACUGCAUCCAAUAAAAUAAGUCUUCCAUUCAAAAUCUUAACUUCUUCGCUCUUACACAAACAAUUUAUGUAUCUUCGUCUUCUCACCUUUAUUACUGAACAGUUCAUCUGUUUUAAGUUACAGCUGUUCGAGUGGUCUGAUUUCAAUGAGACUUUGGCCCAGUUUUAACAUGAUGCACAUCAUUACUUCUGUGUUCAGAUCAAAGCUAUAUUCGUUUAUUUCUUCCCUUUAAAUUUCCCCAUUAGCUGUUUACUCAACUGAGUUUUUUUUUAAGAUGGGAAGUUAUCAUUUGAAGGUAAACACUUCAAUGUUGAGUCAAGAGGCUUGGGGCUGAUACGAUUUAGGUCAAAGUUCAGAUGUGUCUUGAAAAGAUCAAAUUGUCUUUAGGCUGAAUCUAUGCAAACUAACGUUCACUGCUCAUGAAAUAAGAUUUUGUUUAAAUUAUUGAUGGGUGAGGGUGCCCCACCAGAAAGUCACUUCAAACAAGGGUUAAUUUUUACAUGUGAAAACAUAAGUAACUAUUGCUGUUGAUCACUUAGUCUGCUAGAGUUUGAUGACUAAAGUUGUUUUGAGAAAUGGUAACUGCAGCUGUUGAUCACUUAGUCGGCUAAAGUAAAAUAAAUAUAUUGAUUCUUACUUGAAUGCAUCUCUCCACUUAUUCCACUAGCUCCUUGCUGAAGAGCUGUCAGGACAAUUGAUAUUAUUGGAAACCAACAGCCAUCCAUUUUAUUCCCCAUCACACUUUAUAGUGAGUUGAACAUAAGGUUUACUACCAAAAACACGUUUUUUUUUUAAGGGCUGACCUUAUAAUAAAGACAUUUAUACAGAGCUCACACUGAUUUAAGCAUAAAUAAACACAGUUUAACUAAGAUUCAACAAAGUGACCUUUGAUGUCAAGUUUUUAAACAAUAUUUUUAUUUCAUAAAUACAAUGAGCUUUUCCUAAUAAAAAAGAAAACUCUGGAAUUCUUGAAUGUUUUCUUACAGACACAGAACGGUUAUGACCUGUGGCAGAAACAAGAGAGAAACCACAUUUCAGAAUUGCUAAAUAAGUUCUGGCAGCUUUCUCUCCCCUUCCCUGGAUAUAGUCAAGAUCUGAUCUCAGAGUUGAGUACAAUUCAUGAGGACUACCACGUUUUACUGACUAAACUGCUAGAGUGAGUAAAUGUUUACUGCCAGAUCCUGCUGUCAAAAAACCUAUAAUAAUAACAUGUGGACUACUAAAGCACACUGUCAUAAAGUAAAUGUAUGUUUGCCUUAAGACAUAUUUAUUUCUGCACUUUAUCAUUUAUUCUCAACACCCUUGCCCCAUAUUACUGAAUUUAAUUUGCAGAUCUCUUAGAUAAUGAACACUCAAACAUUUUCUUUGAUAUUAACUAUAAUUUUGCCAUUUCUGGACAUAUGAACUUGUUUCAAGUUAAUAUUUAACUAGUAUAUCAUUUAUGGCUGUAUCAGGUACGAGAGACAGUUCAGACAAGAGGACGAGAAUUCGGCCAACACAACUGGCUUCACUCCCCUUUCUUCUGCAUCAAGUCGUCUCUUACUGGAAUUUGGAAUGAGAUAUGGCAUUGUAAGUACAACAUGUGUUAAUGUAUAAUUGGAAUGUGAUAUUGGAUCGUACAUACAUGUGUUAUUGUAUAGUUGGAAUAAGAUAUAGGAUUGUAAGUACAUGUGUUAUUGUAUGAUUGGAAUAAGACAUGGGAUUGUAAGUACAUGUGUUAUUGUAUAAUUGGAAUAAGAUAUGGGAUUGUAAGUACAACAUGUUUUAUUGUAUUUAAAAUCAUAUUCUGAACCCUGGGAAGAAAGUCUUUUCAGUGAACAUUCAAGCUAUUAUUAUUUACAUUUUUUUAUCAUAUAAUUAGCCUUAAAUAAGUUUUUUUAAAGUCAGUUGAUGCUCACCUCUAAUUCUGUUGUGUAGAGUUUCAUUUCAAUAACGUCUUUCUUCAAAUUGAUUUUUUAUAUUUUAUUUUUUUUAAUUUAUUAUUUUUUUAUAAGAGUACGACAUGAGAUUGAGAAUUUUAACAAAUGUCUUAAUUGUUAAAUAAAAAAAUUAAUAUGAGUAAUAUAAUUUAUUCUCCCAGGGAGAGCUUUACCGUAAAGUAAGUCUCCUGCAUUGCUUGACCAGUGAGUUCUGUGCCAGUGUCGGUCAUCUGACCUAUAUGAACAGUUUAGUGGCCUCCAUACAACACAUGUUGCCUAGCAACAAAACAUCUCUGGUGAUGGUCAAGCAAGAGGUACCGCAACCAGUUUAUUGAUAUGAUAGAAAAUAGAUUCAGUGAUUUUAAAAUAUGUGUUUACAUUAUUUUCUCAUUGAUAUUAGUUCAGUUUAUAAUGUGUGUAUUUUAAGAACUGUGUUAGUUUAUGGAAUGUGUAUUUUAAGAACUGUGUUAGUUUAUAAAAUGUGUAUUUUAAGAACUGUGUUACUUUAUAAAAUGUGUAUUUUAAGAGCUGUGCUAGUUGUGUUUAGGAAGACUGUAGGGUUUUGAGCCUACUGUAAGUAAUAAAGAACAAAGCAUCUAGAGUUGAGUUAUUGUAUCAGUAAAAGUAGCAUUUUACCUUACAUAAUUAUUGUGAAUUGAUGUCAGUUAUUUUCAUAUCCAAGUGAUGUCAAUAGCUGUCAUAUCCAUCAGAUAUAAAUUACUGUCAUAUCUAUCAUGCGAUGUCAAUACUUGUCAUAUCCCAUGGGAAGAUAUACUUUAAAAAAAAUUAGUCCAGAAGUACGGGUGAUUUUAUUUGGGUUCUGUUAAGUCUCCAAUGACCAUUAAUGUUCUAGUGUUCAAUCCAUUGGCAGCUGGACAUUCUGCAUUCAUCUCUUCAAGUUCUAAAAGCUCAGACAUGUAAGGCACUGAGUCAAAUGAAAUACCUAUUUCCUGGGAAUCGUCCAAUUGAAGGCUUAGGUAAUGUAUAUACUGUAUACUAGUAACACAAGAGAUAGAAUCUACAUGGAAAAUAAAUUCAUAACAAGAUUUGGUACAUUGUCUCCAUAUGGGAUGAACCAAAUCCACAAUUUUACCUAGCUGCCAUGUCUCUUUCCUGUUUGGUUUUUACAAUUUUUGUUCAAAUCACUUCCUUUCCUCUCUCCUUUACUUUGUUUUUGUCUGGUUUUUCCGCCCUCUCCUAUUUUGAAAAAUUAUUUUUAAGGUAGGCUAUAUGUAUAUAUAUAUAUUAUGUAAAUUUAAUUUAUACUUAUUUAAAUGUUUUGUUAUUGUCCCGAUGAAGGCAUGUGUCGAAACGUUUACUUAUGUAUUAUAUAUAACUAUUAUUAAAGCUUAAAUUAUAUUCUUAUAUUGACACAAAUUGUUGGUGUCUAAUUAAUCUAUUUUAAAGCUUUAUAGCAGACCAAAACUUUUUAGGUAAGGAAGCACACAUUGUGUUUGGUUAAAAGAAUUUUUUUUUAGAAACUAAUAAACUAUAAAAUGGUACUUGUAUUCAUAUACAAAUUAAGCUUUUAUCAUAUUUAUACAUAGCUGGAUGUAUUAUGUGGGGCAUUUUUUCAGUAGUUUUAAUCUAUUUCAUUUCAUAAUUGUUUCCCAUAAUCUGUGCCAUAUGUCACCAAUAAUGUUUGAAUGUAAGACAAGUUGUGAGAUUUAUGUGUCCCAGAAUGCCUCCUGUCUCUGCUGCAGACGGUAUUGUCCUUGAUAAAUUACCUGGCACCAUCCAACAACCCAAAGGAAUGUCUCGACACCUAUGUGAGGCACACCAUUCAGGUGUGUAGAAUUAGAUCUUGACAUUGUUGUGUGUGCAAUGUUUCCUGUCAUAGUUUUGAUUCAAUAAUCUGACAAUGAAUAUGUCCAAUGUAAUUUUUUUCAUUUAUUUGGCUCAAUGACAGAAUCGUAUCUUAUCUAAACUAAUCUGUUCGUCUAAAGACUUGUACCCAGUGAUUUCAAAUCUGAUAAACUGGGCUAUAAUAUAAAGACUUUUUCCCGGUGAUUUCAAAAUCUCAUAAAGUGGGUAAUAAACCUAAAGAUAUCAAAGCCUUUUCAAAAAAUGGGAUUUGAACUCUGAGACUUAAGUGUCUUGUUAAAUAGCAUAUUAAUAAACACAAUGAUUAUUCCCAAUAAAUUAGUUACCUGUAUUCUAAAGACCAUAUCAACUUUUGACAAUUUUUUCCGCAGAACAUUUUUAGACCAACUUAUGAAAUGUUUAAAACAGUUGCUUUGGAAGAUUUAAGUCAAGGGAGGACUGAAGAAAUGGAUUUAAGACUGGUAGGUACUAAACUAAUGCCACUAAUAAACCAAGAUUUAUUUUUAAGCAUACAUGCCAACCUUUGGGAUCAAAUCCUGUAAAGAAGAUAAAUUAUCAAAACAACUGUAAAAGCACAACAGCAAGAAAAACUGUACAGAAAAACUGAAGCGUCAAAAAAGUCUAAGUUGUAACUGCUUCAUUUAGUUAUCAAUGUUCUAAAUGCAUGCAAACUUUGUCUUCUUGAUUGGAUUCGCCUCAAAGUUUCGUCCGAGCAGCGUUGUUUUAAAAUAUGUUAAAAUUUCAUAAGAGCCUGAAGCAAACACUGAAAUUAAUUUGUUUUAUAAAUUUUACCAAAUGCUUGCAAUGAUCCUCUUGAUGAAGCAUGGAUGAUUCCAGGCCAACUGACGAAGCCACUUGUGUUUGUAUCAGACCUGUUUACUCUUACGAUUUUUGCGUACAAUGUACGAUUUUGAGGUUUAUACAUUAUAUAUACUGCAGUUUUUUUUCUGUAAAGAGAAUGUAUUGAACGAUUAUGUGAUGAUAGUGUACGAUUUUAAGAGUUUGAGGGUAAACAGGUCUGCUGUAUUACGUAGACACUUGUUGAUUUCGAAACUUCUCUCAGAUUCUAUGUUUACAUGGCCCUCGAUCCUAAACUUUGGGCCAAAGUCAUUUUGAAAGGAUCAACAGCAAUUAAGCUUCCUUUUGGCCAACAUUAAAUUUAUUCCUCUGCCAUUUUCAAACACAUGUUGUGUGCAAACAUUUGUUUUUUCUCCAUCCAGUGAAAAACCAGACAAACUCCUGUGAGGCCAUACAACUCAGAAAUCUUAACAAAAAGAUGUACAAAGUAGGGCUAAAUUGUACAGGUUGACAUGAAAGCUUUAAGGCAGCUGGUUGAAUAAUUUGUGAAGAUUUUGUUUAGUUCCAGUUUUAGAGCUUAUCAUGAAACUGAUGAACCUGAGAUCAGUCCAGCACAUUUCUGACUUGUUCAAUGUUAACGCACUUAACGGUGGUUGACUUCAAACCAGACCUAUAACAUUUGGAUUCUUGCAACCUCACAACUAUUUGAUAGAAACAACAAUUGUUAAGAUGGUAUUUUUAUAAUUAAUUCUAAUUCCUUUGAUCCCUUUGAUCCCUCAAGUUGAGUGUUCUCAUUGAAGACAUCAGAGAAGAUGUUUCUGACUACAGGAAUAACUUUGAUGGAAGUUUUAUGCAGUAAGUAGAAAAUAAUUUGCUACCACAUCAACAAGAGCUUUAGCAUGAACUAUUGGAAAUCUCUUUUUUACUACAGCCACAUCACGAAGUACUUGAUUAUUAACUCCUGGCUCUAAUAGUAUUGACCAGAGGGCAGAGGUCGUCACAUCACAGAGUCCUGUCACACACAGAAUAAUGUCAACUUUUUAUGCAUGUUCCUUUUUUGCACACCUUUUCUGAAACUAAAGUUAGCUGAGACAGCACCAGUGCAUGAUAAUAUAAAUUAUGAGUGUCUGCUUAUAUUAGGGUUAUUUUUCUAACUGCCCUGUGGGGCAAUGAUAAUGUGUGACAUGAAGAGGCCACAUGCAAAACCUGAGUAAUUUUAAAAACAAAACAAAUGAGUUAUCCACUUUGGGUGUGUUAAAAAAUGGUUAUCUCCCAUCCAUUAUUACUGAUUCGGAUCCUGCCACUUCAGAAUUCAAUUCGUUAUCUUCAUUACACAUCUAUAGUUGUGUUUGUUAUUUAUGGUUGUUGAGUAUAUGUCAAUCUUGUAGGGACUAGAGAUGUGUUUGUUUUCUAUGGUUGUUGAUUGUAUGUCAAUCUUGUAGGGACUUGAGAUGUGUUUGUUUUCUAUGGUUGUUGAUUGUAUGUCAGUCUUGUAGGGACUAAAGAUGUGUUUGUUUUCUAUAGUUGUUGAUUGUAUUUCUAUCUUGUAGGGACUAGAGAUGUGUUUGUUUUCUAUGGUUGUUGAUUGUAUGUCAAUCUUGUAGGGGCUAGAGAUGUGUUUGUUUUCUAUAGUUGUUGAUUGUAUGUCAGUCUUGUAGGGACUAUAGAUGUGUAUGUUUUCUAUAGUUGUUGAUUGUAUUUCUAUCUUGUAGGGACUAGAGAUGUGUUUGUUUUCUAUGGUUGUUGAUUGUAUGUCAAUCUUGUAGGGGCUAGAGAUGUGUUUGUGUUCUAUGGUUGUUGAGUGAAGGACCCAACCCGUGACAACAUGCCUUCAUAGGUCCUUAAAUAGUUAGGCUAAUUGUGUAUCAUUUCACAGAUUUUGUUAUGUGAGUCAGAUGGCUGCGUCAGCUAAUUGUGUAUCAUUUCACAGAUUUUGUUAUGUGAGUCAGAUGGCUGCGUCAUCCUUCUAUGAGUUUCUUAUGGAGGAUGUGGAGCGGUUCACUGGGUACCACACUCGUUACCAGGUCAGUAGAGAGCUAGCAUUAAGUUACUGUCAUUGGAGAGCUAGCAUUAAGUUACUGUCACUGGAGAGCUAGCAUUAUUUUACUGUCAGUGGAGAGCUAGCAUUAAGUUACUGUCAGUGGAGAGCUAGCAUUAAGUUACUGUCAGUGGAGAGCUAGCAUUAAGUUACUGUCAGUGGAGAGCUAGCAUUAAGUUACUGUCAGUGGAGAGCUAGCAUUAAGUUACUGUCAGUGGAGAGCUAGCAUUAAGUUACUGUUAGCAGGCCUACUGUAUUGUAGCCACUGGUCCCCUUGUAUUGCUAGCAUAAAAUGACUGUCUGUAGGCCAACUGUUGAAGCCACGUGUCCACUUGUAUUACUGUAAACUUCAUCAUUGCCUUCAUCCAUAAACAUAGAAUGAAGUUUGAUCUCAUUCUGUUUAUACAAUCUUUCAAAUGUAAAUUCCUUCAGCCGAAACACAUUUCAAAAGUUCCAUUAAAUAAUUUCACAAAUUUCGAAAUAAUACCUUUCUGUUACUCAGGAACUUCAAGAAUGAUAAUUGUUAAAAAGUUCAUUAAAAUAAAUGUAUUCCCCUUUCAAUAACACUAUUAUAUUUACAUCACAGCCAGCCACGCUGAGGGUUUUUUAAAAUUUAAUUUUAUUGAUUGAUUGAUUUGAUAUUUAUAUCGUGCCGGUAUCCAUGCCAUUUUAGCAUGCUCACUGCACUCUGGUCCUCCUAAAUCUAUUAAAACAAAAAAGUUUUUAAUUGUUUCUUACAUGAUUUUUUUUUAUCAUUUACAAUUCCCCUCAAAGAUUGAGGCAAACUGUUCCAUAAUUUUAUGUUAAUAUUUUAUUUGAUUGUUUUGAAACAUGAAGUGCACAGCUGUGCCAAGUUUAAUGUAACAUUCUGGCUGUGCCAUGACAGUGCCAUGAUGUAUUGAUCAGUUGCAGUAAUGAUUAUUUUUAACAGACAUCCCCCGUCAUUGAGCUCCAGUUGGUGGCCAUUAUGUACAGACUCAAUAAGUUGGAUGAGGACUGGAAGCUAUACAUCUUACCUCAGUGAGUGUCUUAACAAUUUGAUCUCAGUGUUACCCUUGGGUGUCUUAACAAUUUGAUCUCGGUAUUACCUAUGGUGGUCUCAACAAUUUGAUCUCAGUGUUACCCUUGAGGGUGUCAACAAUUUGAUCUCAGUGUUACCUUGGGUGCCUUAACAAUUCCAUCUCAGUGUUACCCUUGAAUGUCUUAACAAUUCCAUCUCAGUGUUACCCUUGAAUGUCUUAACAAUUCCAUCUCAGUGUUACCCUUGAGUGCCUUAACAAUUUGAUCUCAGUGUUCAGUGUACAACUUGAGUAUCGUAACAAUUUGAUCUCAGUGUUACCCUUGAGUGUCUUAACAAUUUGAUCUCAGUGUUACCCUUGAGUGCCUUAACAAUUUGAUCUCAGAGUUCAGUGUACACUUGAGUAUCGUAACAAUUUGAUCUCAGUGUUACCCUUGAGUGUCGUAACAAUUUGAUCUCAAUGUUACCCUUUGGCAGUAAUGCCAUGAGUUUUGUCUGCUAUGAUAAAAUUCCAUGUAGCCCUUUGACUGGCUGAUUUACUGGACUUUUCCCCUGGGCCGAUUGUACAGAUUUAUAAUCGUGCAAAAAAGCCAAAGCAGUGUAAAGAUUUGGUUUAACAUCGCUAUUUCUAUCCAGCCGUUUACCAAUGGAGAGUCAAAGAGUUGAUGAGAUAUUCUCUGAUACUUGAUGUACAUACUAGUAAUUAUCUAUUGAGUAUGACCGAAAGAGAAGAUUAUGCUGAAAUUCUAGGCCUUUAUUUUCAUAUCAUUAAAUACUUUCAUAAAUUAAUUUAGUGUGUGACAUAAGUUUUAUAUCAAUAUCUUUUAAGAAUGUCAUAAUGUCAUGUUUAAGGCUAAGAACAUUUAAAGAAAUGGUAACUAUACGACUAGAUUCCCGUAUGGUAACUAUAUGACUAGAUUCCCGUAUGGUAACUAUAUGACUAGAUUCCCGUAUGGUAACUAUAUGACUAGAUUCCCUUUUCGUUGUAAUUAUACAUUUUUUUACUCCUUUCCCUGUCCAGGCAGCAGACGUGGCGGAGAUGUUUCCUGCCCUGCUUGUUCCAAUGGUGUCAGGUGUUGCAGACUCACAUGCAGAACUUUGUGGUGGAGGCGGUGUCUAAUGAUGUUGUGAGUUGGAGAUAUGUUGUUUUUUAA